GGAAAGUAUAACAAAACAACUGAAAGAACCGACGACGAUGCAUUAAAAUGUUUCAAAAAGUCAAACGAUAUCAUGGCUAAUGUAAGUUUACUGACUGCACGAGGCCGUUAUAUUGAAUCUUUAUUGCUGCUGCAGAAUCACAAGCUUGAUGAAACAAACUAUUCUUCGCAUAUAAUAUCAGUGGCUAACAAAGCUUGUAAUUAUUAUUAUGAGAAAAAUGAUUUUGACGAACUUGAACAAGCCCUGGCCUAUCUAGAAUUUAAAGAUAAGAUCUCUUUUCUGUACGAAAAAGAUGGCUGUGAAAAGCUUCUUCUUCAACAGUUUAAAAAGUCAAAACGGCUCGAUAUGGCUUUCGAGUAUCUAAUGCAGCAGGAAAGGUACUUGGAAGCAGCAGAGUUUGCGUGUGAUGCUUUCAGUAAAUCGGACUGCUUGUUACUGGCUGCCAGAAAUGCUGUUGACAGUGGAAAGGAAAACCUAUCACUUGCAGAAAGGUUAAAUGACAUGUAUGAGUGUCUUGAUCAUUCGUCUUACAUGCGCAAAGCAGCAGUGUUGUACUCUCUAAUAGAAUUAACUGGUAAAAAAGAUGAAUACAAAUAUGAAUUACUUUAUGAGGUACUCUCUCAUGGUCAAUUUGAAGAGCAAAGGCGCUUCCUGGAAGAUAAAGAUGAUUGCGAAGAACUAUUGCUUAAAUUUUUCAAGACUCGCGGUCGUACAGAUUUAUCUGUAGAGUAUUUGAAAGAGAGACAAAGAUUCAUCGAAGCCGCUGACGUAACUAGUAAUGUGCCUCUUAAAACAAAAUGUCUGCUGAUAGCUGCUAGAAAUGUACUAAAAACAGACAGGGUUGAGAAAAAGAUGUUGAUUACAAAGAAACUUGAAAUCGCAUACAGUGACUUAGAUAGGUAUGAGGAUGUCUUAAAGGCCGAUACACUUUAUUACAGAAUGUGCUUGCUUGACAACCUAAAAUACGUUACUGAUGCAGUACAAUUAUACAAUAGUGCGAAGAAUGUGUCGGUACACUUUUGUGCUUUGAUCUUUGGCAAAAAAAGAAACCGGAUUGCAUAAUGGAAUACCAACCAGCACUAAAAUGCUCUUGUAUGAAAGCUAUGGUAAAUCAUGUUGCAACAGUAGUCAAAUUGAUUUCUCAUUUAUUAGAUAAUAAUAAUGAGGAUAAAAAAUUUCUUGAGUAUUAUAAUUACUUCGGGUUUGAUGUAUUAGACAACACAAUUUCAUCAUUGACUCAAUGCGACCUAUCUAGCCUGACUUACUUUUCGCGAUUUUCGGAUCAGAAAGAUAUCAAGAAGUUCUCUCUUUCGAAUGAAAUUCCAACAGUCGAUGUAAGGAAGUUUAUUGCGAAAGUUUUGUUUAAUCUUUUGAGGAUGUUUGUUAUUGAUCUUCGCAAGUUGAUUAAAAGUAAACUCCUUACUGUCAUAAUGUGCUCAUUGUCCUGCACUGAAAAGAACUGUGGCAAAUCACACGUUGUUCCUGAUUUACAAAUAUUUCUGAAGGGAAAGCUACUUGUUAUCAACUUUCUGAAUAUGCAGCAUAAACUUCUACAUAAGAAAAAGGUUUUUCAAACUCAUUUCUCCAAACAAAACCUCUUAUGGUUAGAUACUGAAAACGAUAUGGACAUACUAAACUGCGUAUUUGAUUAUAUUACUGGUUUCAUUGAGUAUCUGCACACUCCCAAUCUAAUAUCAUCAUUCAUACAUAAGUUUUUUUAAAUAUGCUCAAUACGCAUCGCAACAACUUGUGUUAUACAUCAGACGUGCUUGGAAGGUGAGAGAAGAAAAGGAAAACAUAGAUGUGAACUUCUACUACAAAAUACAUUUCUUGUCGUUCAUGAUUGACAAAAGUAAUCCGGUAGUUGAUGAACUGAUGUUUCAUGCUACUGACGAAAAAAAUCGUGCUGUAAAGAAAAAAUAUUUCUUUAAUGUUCUUAAGCCACUUAGUGCUGCUAUCGCACAUUUGUACCGCCAACACAAUGUGAUUUAUGCAUUAGAAUCUUAUCUUUCAAUGUUAACUGAGCCAAUCUGGGAAACGUCUCUGACUAAUCCAACACUCAAUACAUUCUGCACUAUCCUUGAAGUACCUUUAGUCGUUAUAUUUGCAUCACUCUCUGCUUUAAAAGGAAAAUCCGUAAUUUUUCCUGAAAGUUUACUGCUAAAGAAUGCAUUUUUCGACAAACUGUACAGCAAAUCAGAUCAUUCUGGUUUUGAAAUAGCUAUACAAAAAUUGAAACCACACAAAAUAGUGUAUAACAGAAUAUCUGAAUUUUUUCUGAAGUUUUAUAAUCUCUUGAUUGAUACAAAGUCAAACUUUAAUGCGUUUUUUGUGCUAAAAGAUGAACUUCAAGCCUCUACUCAAAGUUUGGCAGAAGACGUAGCAAACGACUUUGUGCAGUGCAGUGAAAGACUGCUAAUAAUAUAUUUGACAGUGCUAUCUAAUAUAAUCACUUACAACAGAAAAUGGGAGAGUUAUCAGACAGCUCUUCCAGAAAAAUGAAAUUGAAAAACAUGACGUAGUGUGUGAAAUAUUCAAUGAAAUAGGGAAGAUGAAAAGCUCAACAGAAGCUCAAGCUUUGUUGCAACGUGUACUGGAAACUAAGAAAGAUAGAUUAAAAACUUUAACAUGGAGUCGAAAAACUACAAAAGAGAAUUGAUACAGUAAAACAACGCCUUGAAGAAGAGGAUAUGAAUGAAAUAUUUUAAGAGUUUGGAGAUAUUGCGGAAAAGCAAUCAACGAAGAAAAAAGCAAAGAAAACUGAAAUGGCUAAACGAGUAUCAGUUAGCAAUACGUUAGAGAACACUACACCAUUCACAUUUGGGACUUAUUAAUUGCCACCUAUAACUUUAAUAAGAUGUUAAUAUUUUUUAAUAAUUUCGCCACACACAAUUUUGAAACUCGCAUGUAAUGAUAUGCAUUCGCUUUUGUAAUAAGUUUUUGUUUGUAAUAUAGAAUAAUUAGAAUUAGAUAUUAGUCGUGCACUUGACGUACUAGUGUAGAGAAAUUACACUAUAUAAUUGUAGAGAAAUAGAUACAAAAAAUCUUUUUGUGUAUUUGUUUUUUUCCUUUAAGGGUAGUACAACUUUUAUUAGGAAGAAUAAAAAUAAUCCAUUGUUGUUUACCUAAAACUUUUACAUUUUUAACGUUUUGACUUUAUUUUUGACUUCAUUCUUGACUGUCGGCCAGAAGCAAGUCGUUCUAAUCAUGCACGAAAUCUUAACGCUACAAACAACAAAUGCAGUAUUCUUGAUCGCUUUAGGGCUCGAUUUUUUGUAAAUAACCAAUUAUCAAUUAUUGGAGGCCUCGACAUGCUGACAGAAGAACUUAAAACGAUCAGAGCUAGGAUUAACACAGUGGAUGCUGUGG